AUGACUAAAUUGGGGGAGAUAUUCGCGGAGCUGGGAAUUUCGCAAUACCUCGACGAGUUCAUCGAGCAAGGCUUCGAUACCUGGGAGACGAUCCUUGACAUCACCGAAUCCGACUUUGAUGCGCUUGGCGUUAAACUUGGCCACCGCAGGAAGCUCCAAAGAAAAAUUGCCAAUUCGAGAGGCAUAUCCUCGGACCGGGCGUUAUCAUCUCCUAGACACACACCAGCCGACGACCGGCAAUCAGAAGAUCAGAGACUCGGAGGGGCAAAAGCAGAAGCUAAGGAUGGAGGCGGGGCAUCUCAUGGCGCGAAGAGGAAGUACAGACGGCAUCCCAAACCAGACGAAAAUGCUCCCGAGCGGCCUCCCUCGGCAUAUGUUAUCUUCUCAAAUAAGAUGCGUGAAGAGCUGAAGGGUAGAAAUCUCUCUUUCACGGAGAUAGCAAAGCUAGUAGGCGAAAAUUGGCAAAAUCUCUCCCCUGAGGAAAAGGAGCCAUUCGAGCAGCAAGCGUUUUCGACGAAAGAGAAAUACAACCAGGAACUUGCAGAAUACAAGAAAACGAGCAGUUAUAGAGAGUACUCGCAGUACUUGACUGAAUUCAAGACUAAGCAAGUCAGCCAGCAGCAAGCGCCGGAUGCGGAUGCCGCGAAGCGGCCCAAACUAGAGACUUACCAAAGUAAUACCAGCAGUGGAACGGCCGACAGUUCUACAAGUCAGGCGGCUAUGGAAGCUUCAGGAGGCCGAGGCCGUGUCCCGUCAUCAGGUUCAAGUACAGGUCCGUGGUCCAUCGUCGAUAAUACUACGGCUGCAUCAACCCCCGUCGCGAAGUCGGAUUUCCCCCAUAGAGGUCCAAGUGGCCAGGGGUCACCUUCGCCAACACUUUUACCUGGAUACCGCGAAUCCAUCUUUGGUGGGAUCCAGCAGGGACUUCCUUGGCGAGAUGGGAAGCCCGAUGAUGCCAAUAGUUCUGGCCAGAAGCUUCCUAGGUUGGCAAAUGUCUAUGACCGGCGAUCGAGCUACGCCAGUACGCCUAUUGUAGACUCAAUCAGCCUUCCUGGUUCGGCCCAGCAUCCUCGCCGCACAGUGCACAACCAUCCGCCGCCAAUGCUAACGCCCGAACCAACGAAUUUGGGGAAUAGGUCGACAGGAUCAGUAUCAUCUGACAGCCCGAAUUCCUCUGCAUUCUUUGCGCCUCGAACGCCUCUAGAGCCACCGCACGACAGGCCCUUACCCCUUCCAUCCUUAUUUCCCCCGAUGUCUUCAGGAAGCUCCGACAAUCAACUUCCGCCCCUCAGACCUCCGUCUUUGUCGCCCCAAUCCGCUAUGGCAAACCCGCAGCAGUCCCCUAAUUUCCCACCCCAUGUAGAUUUUUCAUCCAUGGCUCCAUUCCGUGGGUACAACGCGCAAAUAUCGCCAAUGGCUAUUGCAGCCGAUAAAUCUGAUUUGAGAGCACAAAAUUCAGUAGACGAUAUGAAUCUUGACCCCGUUAGCGCUCUUUUGAGAGCUGGCGAGAUUGUCAAUCGAAAUAGUAGAAGCCAGCGGCUAGGUUCUUGA